CAGAAUGGCUUCAACUGUGAAACUGAUACUCUCUCUCCUGAUUGCUGGAGGGACCUUGGCGAAGGAAGGACCAAAUACCAACAGCCAGGCUGUCAGGUCAUCCAUAGUAAUCCUGUCGGAGGCAAAGUUACCGCUUCCUCUAACGAUAAGUUUGCCAACGCUGAGCACUAGAGGACCCAUCAAACCAAAGAAAACUCAUAUCCACCCACAUACACCAUCCAUCAUUCCAAAAACCACAUCUACCAAUCUACAAACUCCAUCCACCAAUCCAAUAACACCUAUCGAUCUAGAAACACCAUCGAUCGACUCAAAACUAACAUCUAUCGAUCCACAGGCACCAUCUAUUAUUCCAAAAAUGACACCUAUCAAUCUACAACCACUACCCAUCAAUCCAAAAAUAAAACCUAACGAUCAAGAAACACCAUCCGUCGACACAAAAAUAACACCUAUCGAUCCACAGACAUCAAUCAAUCCAAAAAUGAAACCUAUUAUUCUACAACCACCGUCCAACGAUCCAAAAAUAACAUCUAUCAAUCUACAAACAUCAUCUAUCAAUCCAGAAAUAACUCCUAUCAAUCAAUCCACCAGUCCAGAAAUAAUACAUAUCAAUCCGUCCACCAUUCCAGAAAUAACACAUAUCAAUCCAUUCACUAAUCCAGAAAUAACAUCUAUCAAUACAUCCAUUAAUCAAGAAAUGAAACCUAUCAAUUUACAAACACCUUCCAUCAACCCAGCAAUAUCAAUCGGUGCCGUAGCUGCUUAUAAAGGAUCGGACAAAGGAAGAUUGCGAAGCCUCAAUCCUGAAAAUGAACGUCGCCAUAGAUCGUGGUCGACGUUAAAUGAGAAUCGCCAAACUACCAAUAACUCCGAAGAAAGCAAAGGAAGCCAUGAAGGAUCUAAAGCGGAAGCAGGUUCGCUCGAAGGUCAAAUCGAGGUUAAAAGGAAUCAACCGGAAUCUGUCGAAGUUUUCAACCAUUCAGGUAAUCUCGAGAAUAUCAAAAUAAAUUCAGGAAAACUUACUGGAGUACUUUACCAUAGAAACCACUCAGCAGAACGUACAGAAUAUCCUGGAAAAGUAAUCGAUCAGACUGGAAGCCAACCUGUUGCAGGUACCUUGAAACGAGCUAAACGUGAAAAGUCCUCAAUUAAUAUUCGCUACAACGACAAGGAGUCAAAAUCUCGAGAAGAUAAUAAAGGCAAAGCUAAAGAUGGUUCCUCCGAGGCGGACAGGGACUUGUCAGAAUUUCGGAGACGUAAGUACAGAAGAAGUCGUAACCGUGGGGGGCGUUGGAGGCACAGGUCGAAUGAAAGAAGCCGAUAUUGAAGUAGUGACGGAGGCUCCUGGUCCAAGUCAUCUAUAUGAAAAAUGAAGGCAAUCUAUUCGAUGACUAAAAAGUAUUUAACCAGCUUAAAAUAGGAUAGUUUAAUUUUGGAGAAAUUCUGAAUAAACAUAAUGUGUAACCUCAACCAAUAUUUUAUUUAUUUAGUUUGUUUUUUGCAUGCCAAAGCAUGAAUUAAUAUUAGUUCUUCAAUGAGGUUUUCCUUAUAGUGAGAGUCUAUAGGUGUAAUUACUCUUUAUUCC